CUACACACCAAAUGUCAGCCUGUCCCUACCGCUGGGCAUGGGAAAUCCUUGUCUGGGGACCCAGUACCACACCUUACAGUCCAGCCCGGUCAUCUCAGUUUCCUCUUGCCACCAGACAGGCUAUACCCUCCAAAAUGACAACAAUGCAGCAUCAGGCUAUUACCUGCACCAUGGCUUGAGACCCAGUGGGGCCCCAGCCCUGGAAAGCCCCCGCAUUGAGAUCACUGCCUACAGCCAGUACCCUGAGGAUGAGGUAGAAGAGAGCAGCAGUGAGAACCACAUCAUCAAACGAGGCGUUAAUUCCAUUGUGACACUGACACUGCCCAAUGCUGAGUUCUACCGUGAUCCCAGCUGCCUCAGCCCUGCAAGCAGCAUUUCCUCACGCAGCUGUAACUCGGAGGCAUCCUCCUACGAGUCUGGUUUCUACAACUAUGACAACUCCCCACAGAACUCCCCGUGGCAGUCACCCUGUGUUUCUCCUAAAGGCUCAUCCUUACUCCUGUCCUGCCCACAUGCCAGUGGUCCAGCAGGAUCCCCUCACCGUUCUCCCUCCACCUCCCCUCAGAUAGGAGCCAUGGCUGAGGAAGGCUGGUCGGCUCAGCCUCGUGGCUCCAGACCUAACUCCCCGUCCUGCAGUGGAGGUGGUGGAGGCAACGGUGGUGGUGGUGGUGGCAUGGGAAAGAGAAAGUAUAGCAUUAAUGGCGCUCCCUACCAUCAGACAUCCUGCUCACCUAACCAUUCUCAAACCCCCUCUCCACAUGGUUCACCUAGAGUCAGCAUAACUGAUGAAAACUGGCUGGCCAACACCAACCAGUACACCAACUCUGCUAUUGUGGCCGCCAUCAAUGCUCUAACCACAGAUGGAAUGGUAGACAUGGGAGAGGGAAUCCCCAUCAAGACACGGAAGACCAUGCUGGACCAUUCAUCCUCCAUGAGCCUGAAGGUGGAGCCUGGUGGCGAGGAGCUGGGUCCUGAUGGGGAACUCUGCCAUGAAGACUACCCCUCCCGACUGGCCCUCAAGAAGGAGAACCACUGUGGGGGGUUCCUGGAUGUUCCCCAGCAUCUGUACUCUUGGUCUAAGCCCAAGCCUUACCUAAGUCCAUCUCUGCCAGCUCUUGACUGGCAGCUCCCGUCAUGUUCUGGCCCAUACAACCUACAGAUUGAGGUGCAGCCAAAGUCUCACCACAGGGCCCACUAUGAGACUGAGGGCAGCAGAGGGGCCGUGAAGGCCUUGUCUGGAGGACACCCUGUAGUACAGCUUUAUGGCUACAUGGAAAGCGAGCCACUCACUCUGCAGCUCUUCAUAGGGACUGCUGAUGACCGCCUCCUGCGUCCACAUGCCUUUUACCAGGUUCACCGCAUCACUGGCAAAACCGUCUCUACUGCCAGCCAUGAAGUCAUGCAAUCCAACACCAAAAUUCUGGAGAUCCCUCUGCUGCCUGAAAACAACAUGAGAGCCAUAAUUGACUGCGCAGGGAUCCUGAAGCUCCGUAAUUCAGACAUCGAACUUCGCAAAGGGGAGACGGACAUUGGACGCAAAAACACCCGUGUUAGGUUGGUGUUCCGAGUGCACAUCAACCAGCCCAAUGGCAGGACAGUGUCCUUACAGGCUGCCUCCAACCCCAUUGAAUGCUCUCAGCGCUCAGCACAGGAGCUUCCCUUGGUGGAGAAGCAGAGCCUGGACAGUUACCCUGCAACAGGAGGCAAAAUGAUGCUCUUGACUGGUCUGAACUUCCUCCCUGACUCCAAGGUGGUGUUUGUUGAGAAGGCCCAGGAUGGGCAUCAUCUGUGGGAGACAGAAGCCAAAGUUGAUAAGGACUCCAUCAAAUCUAGUACUCUUAUUGUGGAGAUCCCGCCGUACAGGAACCAGAGAAUAUCCAGCCCAGUGCAUGUUAACUUCUACGUCUGCAAUGGCAAGAGGAAGAGGAGUCAGUACCAGCGCUUCACUUACCUGCCUCCAAAUGUGCCGAUAAUAAAGACAGAACCCAGUGAUGAAUAUGAUUCUUUGGGGACUGCAGGGCUGGCAAUGCAUUCAAAACCCUACUACAACCAACCCAGGAUCACUCCCAUCAUGCCCAUAGCUGAUCCUGAUGCCUGCCUCGUUGGUGGCUACCCUCCCUGUCCACCUCGCCAUGCUGCAAUGCCAUCGUCUUCACCCAACUCCAGCCCCACCCUGCAUGACCUUUCACCUGUGGCAUACAAGUGCCUCCCCAACAGCCCCACUCAUGCUGCUCCACCAGGCCCCAUGGUGCCCCCCAUCCAGGAGACCCCUGGCCGCCCCAACUUUGUCCACCCAGCCUCACCAGACCAUGGCUCUUCCCUAGGGAUGCUCCAUUCCCAGGGUAGCCCCAACCACCUCCACAGCCCGGGACCCCAUGCUUAUCACCCUGUCUAUGCCAACAGCAGCCCAUCAUCCUCCCCGGUAUCCCACCCUUCCACUCCCGGUGGGACUGCAGAGAGCCCAUUUGUUCAGGCCUACAGCCCCAGUCAGGCUCAAGCAGCAGCCAGCUCAGCCCAAACUGGAGAGAGCUCACCCAGCCUGCUACCAGAGGAUGCCAGCCCCCCUUCGAUGGCCAUCACUGUCAAACAGGAGCCCCAAGAACUGGACCAGAUGUACCUAGAUGAUGUUAACGAAGUCAUCAGGAAUGACCUCUCCAGCAUUUCUGUGCACACUCAUGCAUAGAUAUGCUGAAGUCUUCUGCAGCAGCAGCAACAAAAAGAAGACAAACAAACCUAGAGAUCCAGAUGACAAAGAAUACAUUGUUGACCAGGAUCUCCCACCUGACCAUCAUCAGCUCCCCAUCACUCGCAGACUCACUGCAGAUUCACAUUGACAAUCACUGGCAAGCUCCAAUUAAAUAAAUAGAUGAAUGUUGUAUUUACACAAAGGAAAGUGAUGUC